GGCGGGUAUAUAAGGCGCUGACUGAUUGGGGAAAAGCUUUACGUCGAAACGUCCCCAAGAGGAGCGCACGUUAACUUCUAACCGGCCAGCAACACAAGCACCAUGAAGGCCGUUAUACUUCUCCUCGUCAUCGCAAGCGCACUGGCUGUGCCAGUUUACAAACCCGAAGUACAGAAAACCCAGAAAAGUGGACGCAUCCCCAAACCGACCCAAUGCAACAACGACCUCCGAUUCAAGCAAGGCCAGCGCUAUGAGUACAAGUACCAGGGAGAGGCAGUGUCCGGCAUCGUCGGAACGUCUGACCAGAGGUCUGGACUCAAGGUCGCUUGCAGCGUGGUCAUCGAGGUGCCCGCCGAGUGCGAGUUGAUCAUGACCACCCCUGAGUGCGUGCUGCGCGAGGCUGACCAGUCCCGCGGGCCCCUCAAGUUCCGCCGCACGCGCAACUCCGAGGACUUCAGCCGCCUCAUGGCCAAGUACCCGCUCUACUUCCAGAUGAACGACGGAAAGGUUGAGCAGCUGGUCUCCUACGAGAACGAGCCUCUCUCCAUCGUCAACAUCAAGAAGGGUAUCCUGUCCGCCCUGCAGCUGCAGUCCGUCGAGCCUGAGCCCAAGGAACAGACUCUGGAAGAGCGCGAUGUCCACGGCGUGUGCCCGUCCGUGUACACCGUCGAGUCCCAGAAGCGCGGGAAGGUGUUCUCCGUGUCCGUGCAGAAGGACCUGACCAGCUGCAGCAAGCCGCACAAGUCCAGCCUGCAGGGAAGCCCUCUGGCCAUCCUCAAGGACCUGAGCCUCGCCGCCAACUACCUGCUGAACUCCACCCAGCGGUGCCGCUUUGAUCUUGACGGUAAGACACAGAUCCGCGGGUCCAGCUGUGCCGAGGUCCACACCUACAGGCCCUUCUCCUACAACAGCAGCCGUGCUGGUGCACAGACCAACGUUACUCAGGAGAUCGGGCUGGACAAGGUCAGCCGUCUGAACAGCAGGCGCUACGAGACCAGCCUGGCUAACAGGAGGAUCGGCGACAUCGUCUACGAGUUCGAGCAGUUCCAGGUCCCCAUGAACAAGAGCGCUGCUGGCGCCCUGGAGGCCCUGUACCGCCUGUCUAACGCCACCAUCAACGAGACUAAGCUGGAGGCUCCCCGCGCCUUCGCCGACUUCGUGUCCGCUCUCCGCGUGCUCGACAACGAGACUCUGAGCCAGGUCCUGCCCGAGAUGCUGGCCAGCAAGGCUAGUGACCAGGUCAUGCAGGCUCUGCCCCAGUGCGGCACCCGCCCUUGCUUCUCCGCCAUCCGCCAGCUCGUGACCUCCGGCUUCCUGCCCAAGGCCGUCGCCGAGACCGCCGUGUACGCCAUGGCCUUCCUGCCCUACCCCAACGUGGACGCCAUCAACGAGACCCUGAGGGUCGCCCAGUACAACCGCAGCCGUCCCGCUGUCCUGGCCCUCAGCUCCCUGGUCUACAGGUACACCCAGAACAACAUGACCGAGCCCUUCCCCCAGCCCGUUGUUGAGGCCAUCGAGUACCUCCGCAGCAUGAUCGGCUUCGACUGCACCCCACUGACCAACAAGGCCUUCAACCCUGUUGUCUCCGCUGAGGAGCAGGAACAGAUCCUUCUGGCCCUCAAGGCUGUCGGCAACAUGGGCCAGGCCGUCCAGGUCCUGGACAAGACCGAGCGCCGCCAGCGCCUGAGGCUGGUCCCUACCCUGGAGCGCUGCAUCAAGAACCAGCAGGUGCCCCGCAACAUCACCCUGGCCGCCAUCCAGGCCUUCCGCCGCAUGGAGAUCAACGACGAGAUCCGCUCCCUGAUGCUGGACAUCGUGAGGGCCAAGAACAACGACAGACAGGAGGACUCCGAGAAGCGCAUCGCCGCCUACCUGGUCCUGAUGAAGAACGCCACCCAGCGCGAGAUCCGCAAGGUCGUCAAGAUGGUCGCCACCGAGCCCAUCAAGCAGGUCCGCUCUUUCAUCGCCUCCCACCUCCGCAACGUCCGCUCCACCGAGGAGCCCACCCUCCAGGAACUGAAGCAGACCCUUGAGAAGAUCCUGAGGGAGGAGAACGUCGUCCUUCCCGAGCCCGAGGACUUCCGCAAGUACUCCCGCAACUACGAGGUGUCCAAGGCCGUGCCCCUGCCGUUCCUGAAGGACCCCGUGGCCGCCCAGCUGCAGAGCGAUGUCGUCAUGGACCCCGUCAGCUACAUGCCCCGCUCCGCUCUCACCAAGAUGACCAUCAACGUCCUGGGACAGUCCAUCGACCUCUUCGAGGCCGGUAUCGAGGCCCAGGGCAUGGAGCACACCAUGGAGUCCCUGUUCGGCCCCAGCGGGUACUUCCCCAACCAGGCCCUGAAGAAGAUCCUCUCCCCCAUCCCCUACGGCGACAAGGUCCUCAAGAUGUUCGGAGUCGACAACAAGCCCAAGCAGAAGUUCGCCACCCGCCAGACCCUGGACCGUAAGAUCGUGGACGGACUGAAGAAGCUGUCUGAGGAUGUUCAGUACAGGAAGGACGACCUUCUGGCCUCCUCCUACAUCCGCCUGCUCGGCACUGAGGUGUCCUUCAUGUCCACCGAGGACCUGAAGAGCACCAUCGCCAUGGCUCUGGACGCCUACAAGAACUCCGCUAACAUGAUGAAGCUUCUGGACCCUCUUGCCGAGGGCAUCGAGAAGAACUUCACCUCCUCCUACAAGUUCCUGGAGGCCUCCACCUGCAUCCCCACCGCCAUGGGUAUCCCCCUCAACGUCUCCGCUAACGGCACCGCCACCACCAAGCUCACCGUCGGCGGCAAGUUCGACGUGAAGAAGAUGUUCUACGCCCCGCGCUCCGCCGUCGUGGCCGGGUACCUGCGCCCCAGCGCCUCCGUCGAGGUGGCUGCCCGCAUGAUCAUCUCCCUGCCCGAGUUCUCCGAGUGCGGUAUCCAGGCCAACGCCACCGUCCACACUGCCACCCAGGUGGCCGGUAACGUCACCCUGAAGGAGGGUGAGCUCAAGUUCAACAUCGAGGCCCCCAAGUCUCCCGUCCCCAUCUUCAACAUGAGCUACCAGCAGUUCCUCGUCCGUCCCGACGCCGUCGAGUACAUCCGCCCCAUCGAGCACGACCGUGCCGAGCUGGUGAACUGUACCCCGUCCGUGCUGGGCCAGCAGGUCUGCCUGUCUCUGUCCUUCUCCAACGCCAGCUACGUUCCCCUGGCUCCCUACUUCCCCAUGACUGGUGACACCAGCUUCAACAUCACCCUGGUGCCUACUGAUGAGAUCCAGGCUUUCUCCGCCGCCAUCAAGUACGAGCAGGACCGUCAGCCCAUCCGCCGUCUCCGCACCCUGAAGGAGAAGCGCGACCCCACCAACUUCAUCGUCAACGACGUCUUCCGUAUGGAGGUGGCCGCCCCAGGCAAGAGCGCCAAGCGCAACAUCACUUCUCUGCUGCAGGUGUUCCGUAACCAGACCCUGAUGCAGUGGAACCUCACCAUCCCCGACAUCUACAACUUCACCGCCUACCUGGGCUUCCAGAACGAGACCGUGCCUCAGGUCGCCAACGGCUACACCGUGAGCCUGAACGCCACCUACCGUGAGCACCAGAACGCCAGCUGGGUCAUGCGCUACCGCAACGAGAGCAACCUGCACACCACCCAGAACACCUUCAACAUCCCCGAGCUGAUGUUCCACGUGUCCAACAACAUGUCCCUGUUCUGGAACCCCUGGAGCAGCCUGACCCAGUUCGAGUCCCGCUCCAACAGCUCUCUGCGCCUGUGGACCGCCAGGGCUGACCACAACAUGACUCUCAUCAACGCCGAGGACAUCUUCCGCUCCGGCUUCAACUCCUCUGCUGAGAUCGACCUCACCCCUCUGAAGACCAUCGUUCCUCAGAUGAUCGAGAAGGUCACCAGGCAGCUGCCCCAGCAGGUGCAGGAGAUCCGCGCCGUGCGCGAUGUGCCCUACCUGAACGAGACCCUCCUCCUGGUCAACCAGAGCGUCAGCUUCUUCAACCAGACCAUCUGGAACACCACCUACAUGCUGCUGAACAUGUCCCGCCCCUACGUGCAGGCCGCUCUGCCCGUGGUGCAGCGCAUGUACCCCACCGUGCUGAACGUCACCGUGCCUUACACCAACUGGACUGUAGCUAACAUCACUGAGAUCAUCACCAACGUGACCGGACAGGUCAACAUCACCGAGGUGUACAAGAACGUGACUCAGCUGGCCAUCGAGCUGUCCCAGAACGCCACCAAGUACGCCUACUGGUACUACAACGAGACCAGCCUGUACGGCCAGGACUACGCCCGCCAGUACUUCCAGCGUCUGCCCGAGCUGCUCACCAAGCACCGCUCCAACGUCUCCGGCGAGGUGCAGUACCUGAAGAGUCAGGGGGUCCUUCUGGAGAUCAGGGUGCCCACUGUGAGCAACGUCACCGGCCUGGUGCUGAACUACACCGGCAUGCUGACCAACUACACCGCCGAGCUGAUCGCCAACUACAGCCCCGUGGCCCUGCCCAACAUCACCCUCCCCAACAUCACUCUGCCCCAGAUCCCCACCAACUUCACCACCCCCAACUUCACCGUCCCAUACCUGCAGUGGUACGUUCCCAAGUUCAACCUGACCGUGCCGACCGUGAACGUGACCCUGCUGACCGAGAUGGCCAUGAACAUCACCAACAAGACCAUCCAGGUCGGCGUGCAGUACGUCAUGCCCUACGUGGAGAGCUACAUCCCCCAGCAGCUGUACAGCAACUGGUACGUGUCCAUCCCCACCCUGGAGGUGAUCCGCAUCCCGGCCUUCGGCGAGCUGCGUGGUCUGUUCAACCUGAGCGCUCCUCUGUACAACACCAGCACCGUGCUGAGCCUCAGGAACGAGACCGGCAUGAUCGCUGAGGUCAGGUCUCUGGCCAACAGCACCUUCGACUUCUACAACUACACUCUGAUGGCUACCGGCAACACCUCCCUGUGCCUGUGGACCCGCCGUCUGAACGUCUCCACCACCUUCAACUUCACCCACCCACUUGUGCGCUGCAAUGCCACCCACAACACCAGCGUGGCGCUGUGGGACCGUCUGAACGUGACCACCAGCACCUGGGCCGAGCUGAACACCACCUUCCCCGAGUCCCGCACCAACCUGACCCACGCUGGUAACUACAGCAUCAACCUGACCGGCCUGAACAUCACCAACAACUUCACCACCUACGCCAACCUCAGCAACUUUGCACUCGGCAAGGUCGGGCACAACUUCACCUACUUCGCUGACCUGACCAGCAUCAAUGCCACCACCAACUUCACCAUGAAGGCUAAGGUUGAGAACAUCACCAAGAUCAGGUUCAGGCACUUCGCCAACGUGUCCUCCUGUCUGUACACCGGGCUGAACGCCACCCACAACCUGACCGCCUCCCUGAACGUGAGCCGCCUGGUGCAGGCCCGCCUCAGCCACGCCGUCAACUUCUCCGGCGACUACCUCAGCAGCAACCUGACGCACAACCUCACCGUGUCCGGCAACGCCUCCCUGUGGGACUACCCCAUCGCCCAGUGCGAGCUUCGCCACGUCGCCAACUCCUCCAUGAACUGGACCAGCGCCAACACCACCUCCAGCUUCGUCGGCUUCGUUAACGUCAGCAUGGGCGGACACGCCAGGCUGGAGAACAACAUGACCGUCAGGGCCUGCCCCCGUACCCUGAACUACACCACCAACACCGCCGUGUACGGUAACAUGAGCUACCCCGAGAUUCACCUCAACCUGACUCACAACUUCACCCACAACGUGGAUCACUGGCAGUCCUGGAACACCAGCAUGAACACCACCGCCUACUUCAAGCUGAACGAGACCCGCGUGCCCCUGGUCUGGGUGAACAUCACCAUCCCUGCCCUGUACGCCAACCUGACGCACAACAUCACGGCCAACCUGACCCGCGCCAGCCAGAACAUCACCAUGAACAUGACCGCCCAGGCCCAGCAGAUGCGCAUCUCCCACAACUCCUCCUUCUGCAACACCAACCAGAGCAGCUGGGUGGUGCACAACACCUCCGUGGUCGCCAACCUCACCUGGAUCAACGUGACCAUCCCCUUCUACAACACCAGCGUCUGGGAGUUCAUCGGCCUGCAGAACGUGUCCUCUCCCCGUGAGCUUCAGUACCUUAACAUCAGCGGCGUCGCUAACUACACCAAGAGCCAGGAGAACUACACCCUCCCCAUCCCCCUGCUCGCCAACCUGUCCACCCCCAACCUGACCAUCCCCGUGGGGCUGCGCACACCUGCCUUCAACAUCUGCAUCCCCAUCGUCAACUACAACAUCACCGUGCCUUCCAUCAAGGUGAUCCCUGAGUACCUGUACGUGCCCUACCUGUUCAACGUCAGCACCCCGAGGAGCAUCCCUGCCUUCACUGUGCCCAUGAACAUCUCCAUCCCCGGUCCAGGUAACAUGACCUACAGCCAGAACGUGAGCUCUCCCAUCUUUAACAUGACGUACGGCUUCAACUGCAGCCACGCCCGCCCCCAGUACAACCGUACCGAGUUCAACAUCAGCGUCUUCGGACAGGCCAACUCCACCAUCGAGUACUUCAACUACACAUAUGUUGACCAGGCCAACACCUCCAUUGAGUGGAACCUGACCCGCCCGUUCGAGAGCAAGAUCAACGCCACGUUCUUCACCAACCUGACGCACCCCAUGUACUACUUCCGCCACAACUCCAGCAUCCAGGCAGCCUUCCUCUCCAUCAACAUCAGCUCCAACACCAGCGCCGGCCUCGAGGUACCGCAAAAAAAACUUUCAUUGUUCAUGUACCUAUUAGUCUUAAGACUGCAGAAACUAGAGCACAGGACUGUGCUACGUGGAGACACAUGAGGAAGAGGAGC